CGUAAGUGAAGGUCGGGCGGACAGCGCGGGUACACUCAAGAUGGCGGCGCGGAGGUGCCACGUGUGGCUGGGAGCGGAGAGUGGGAUCCUGAAGGGCGUUGAUCUCCACAGGAAACGGGCGAUAAACUUCACCGAUUUUAACCGUGGGCAAGAAAUCAGCGAAAUCGCCUGGAGAGACCGAGAGGAAAGAGAGGUGCUGCUGGGCUGUGUGAAUGGCACAGUUAAGGUGUUCAGCACGGAGAAAGAGAACGUCACAGAGUUCCGGGACUGUUCGGGAGGGGAGGGACCUUUGCGAGGCUUGUGUGUUUACAACAGCUCUCUCGUCACCUGCACCGAGUCCGGCCUUUUGAAAGUGUGGAAAGAGGGUUCGACGGAUCACGUGGAAGUGGGCCGCGGUGUGUGCCGGAUGCGCCAGGACACCAUGAGGCCGGAGCGAGUGGCGACCGGAGGAAAGGAGAACGCGCUGAAGGUGUGGGAUCUGGAGAAGCUUCAGGAGCCCGUCUUCACCGCCAAAAAUGUCCGCAACGAUUGGCUGGAUCUGCGGGUCCCGGUUUGGGUGAGAGACAUGCAGUUCAUACCCGCCUCAGACAAAAUCGUCACCUGUACUGGGCAUUGCCAGGUACGUGUUUAUGACCCCAGCACUCCACAGCGCAGGCCAGUUCUGGAGGUGACUUAUGACGAGUACCCGUUAACUGCCCUCUCCCUGACGUCUGAUGCCAAUUCGGUUGUUGUGGGUAAUACACGUGGACAGAUGGCUGUUCUAGACCUCCGGAAAGGGAGGCUGCUGAAAUGUUUGAAGGGGCAGGCCGGAAGUAUCCGCAGCGUCCAGUGUCACCCCACCCUGCCCUUAGUGGCAUCCUGCGGCCUGGAUCGCUUCCUCCGAGUUCACAACAUUGAGAGUAAGAUGCUGCAGCAUAAGGUUUACCUGAAGUCACGUCUGAACUGCGUCCUGUUCACAAGUCGGGAAAACUGGGAGGAGGAGGAUGCAGAAUGCACAGCGUCCGAGGGCGUGAAAGAAGAAGAAGAUGAUGAAAUCUGGGACUCGAUGGCCACAGUCACUGACAGAACUGAGUCAAAGAGGAACGUGGACCAACAGGAGAAUCCCAAGAGGCGGAAGAGACGGAAGCAAACAUGCACAGAUCCCGGGGUUUAACCAGGACAAUGCUGUAGCCCAGUGUCUGCCUCUCUCUGUAAAAUCGAUUUAUUAUCUCA